AUGCUCGUCCAUAUCAUACCGCUCACCCAACAUGCUCGGCCGCGGCGCUCCUGGCACUCCACCUUUCUCGACCUCCCAACGCGUGCUCACCUCCCCCCUGCAUCGUGGAUCCGCUGCACCAAUAAUCAAAUUCCGAGCCCAAGUGACGGGAUCAAGAUUUGGAUUUUUGAACCCGGACGACGGGAAGAGGAAGAGGAAGAGGAAGAGGAAGAGGAGGAGGAGGAGGAGGAGGAGGCCUAGUCAUGGAGAAGGAGGAGAAGCAGGAGCUGGAGGGUGCUGCUGCUGCGGCGGCCGCGGCGAGGCGGCGGCUGGUGAUCGGGGUGGGGUUCUGGGUGCAGGGCUUCCGGCUCUUCCCGUGGCUGGGCGUCAAUUUCUUCCUCAAGGACGGCAUGGGCGUCGCCGCCUCCUCGCUGCAGAUCCUCCAGGCCUCCGCCAACCUACCCAUGGUCGCCAAGCCGCUCCUUGGCCUCCUGUCCGAUGCCGUCCCCAUACGCGGCCAUCGACGCCUGCCCUACGUCGCCAUCGGCGCUCUCUUGCAGGCAAUUUCAUGGCUAGCAAUUGCACUUUGGCAAGAUAUCUCUCUUCAGGUUCUUACCAUUUUUCUCCUCUUGAGCAACUUUGGUGCUUCCAUAUGUGAGGUUGCCAAUGAUGCCAUUGUGGCGGAGGCUGGGAAGAUAGUGACCUCUUCCUCAGGAUCAGGUCAGCUUCAAUCGUUUGCUUGGAUGUUCGGCUCUUCUGCUGGUGCUUUAGGAAACCUCCUUGGAGGCAUUGCACUCAGCUAUUUUUCUCCCAAAAUCAUGUUUCUGUUUUUCGCAAUCCUUCUCCUGCUCCAGUUCUUCACAACCGUGGCUAUACCUGAGAGCUCUCUCAAACUCCCAAAGGCAGCUACUCCUAGCAAUCUAUCAGCACUCACCAGCAUCCGUAAGCAAGUCAAAGAGCUGUCAUGUGCCCUAUCUAUGCCUGAAAUGUUUUGGUCAAUCAUAUGGUUUACAGUGUCUUAUGCCGUCAUACCUUUUCUACUUGGGACCAUGUUCUUCUAUCAGACUGAAGUGUUAAGACUAGACUCAUCAGUUAUUGGCUUAUCAAAGGUGUUUGGGCAAGUGGCUCUCUUGGCUUGGAGCAUGUCAUACAACAAGUACUUCAAAACAAUGUCCGCACGGAAGGUCCUAUCAGUUCUGCAGUUUGUCACAGCACUCAUAAUGUUGUCAGAUGUGUUAUUCGUUCAGGGAAUAUACAGGAAGGUCGGAAUACCAGACUCCAUAUACACGAUUGUCUUCUCCGGGUUGCUCGAGGGUCUUAUGUUUUUCAAGGUUCUGCCCUUCAGUGUUCUUAUUGCAAAACUUUGCCCUGCUGGAUGUGAGGGAUCGGUAAUGGCCUUUGUCAUGUCUGCACUUGCCCUUGCCACUAUCGUCAGUGGCUAUCUUGGAGUUGCUCUUGCUGCCUUCAUGGGAGUAUCUGGAGAUGAUUUCUCAGCACUGCCAGCUUGCCUGUUGAUUGAGGCUGUGUGCACAAUACUGCCACUAUGUUGCUCGUCUUUGAUCAAAGAGAGGAGAGAAAAGGAGAAGAAAGAAGAGUAGAAUACAUAUAUAUUAUCUGGAGAUGAUGUAACGCUCACUGUUGGGCUUUACCCUCAUCCUUUUUGGUCUCAUUUCAGUUUCAUUAUGUGAUCAUAGCAUGGAGAAACAAAAUAGGAGAAGAUUGGAUUUGUCCAGUGUUAACACCUCUAAGGCUUCUCAAGAACUAUCAUCAAACGAGCAUAUAUGUACAUACAUACAUGCGUGCCACGACCAUUCUUCUACAGAUUUAGUAUUACUUUAUGUAACUAGUUAUGUCGUUUUAUGUAAUGGUUUGCCUGUUACAUGUGUUUUAUAUGGACAGUUUCAUUUGCUUACACUGCCUCA